AUGUCGCCGCGCGAUUUGGAGCCGGCGCCGACGCCGAAUUUGUCGUGGACGAAAUUGAUGCAGCACUCGAGGAAUAGUCGAAACGAGAUUCGCGCGGCGCUUCAUCAGAACUUCACCAAAUGGUCGCUGGUCGCCACCGAGCACGGGUGUAAAAUGUUUGCCCUCGGUACACCGGCAAACUCGUCUAGUCAAACCCUACUCGCCGUCGACAUCCCGUUGGCGCAACUCGAUCAGAUCGCCGGCGAGUCGGGACCGAAUAUGAAACCGGCGACGCUUUGCCUUCAGCCGGUUUUCAAGAACGAUCCGUUUAGAAACUCGAUGCCUUCUCUAGAAUUCUCAUUGAUGUGCGAACGCCAGCGAUCGUCGGUGGUUCACGGUGUGACCGACUACAGCGUUCAAAGCGGAAACAUUCUGAUGAUUGGCGGGGAGCAGAUAUUCAAAUACUCGCCGUCUCGCGAGCUGUUGUGUCCGAUCAAUUUGAAUCUCAAUGAUCAGCAAGACGAUGAGCGAAUGGAGGAGGAGCAUCCGAUUGAUGUUUCGCCGCCCAAAUCGGGCUACAUCUCGGAUGCCAAAAUUUGUCCAGUCGAUUCGAGAUAUGUGGCGUAUGUGCUCAACAAGCAGGUGCAUAUCGAAAAAGACGGCACAAUUAUCUAUGCAACGAAAUAUGAGGCGAACGUGAGCAACGGUGUGCCGUCGUAUAUUUGUCUUGAAGAGCUCGAGCGAUUCGAAGGGAUUUGGUGGAGUGCGAAAGAGAAACGGCUGCUCUACGAGCGUGUCGAUGAGUCGAUGGUCGCCGAAGCGCAAUUCUGUAUGAACGGCAACAAGCCGGAGCCGGCGAUGAAGUACCCGCGUGUCUACGAUGUGCCAUUGAAGCGCGACUUACACCAAAUUCUGCCGAGUAUGGAAUACAUCACGAGGGCGGGAUUCUUCUCCGACGGCAAAACGAUAUAUGUUCAAAUGAUGUCGCGGCAACAGCAUGAAUGCGCUCUCAUUUUGGUGCCCGAAUGGGAUUUUGAUCUACCGCCGAUGGUGGUUUUCGGCAAAAAUGUGAAAUGCUCAAAUAGUAUUGAUUAUGAUUUUGGGACAUGGUGUGCUCAAUCGUCGGCCGCGUUCGACAUGCCGACGUCGCCGCUGCCGCCGCCGACGCGACUCAAACCGGGCGCUCUGCGGACGACGGUGCCGAUUCACAAAAUCAACUCGGAACACUGGAUAAAUGUACAUAACGCCACUGUGCCAUUGCCAAUCGAGAACGACAAUGAGCCGAUUUAUCAAUUUAUUUAUUGCCGCGAGACUCGUUUUGGUAGCUGCCUAACGCAUUUGUCGGUGACACUGAACCAGCAUGGAUCGCCGUGCAAUGUUGUGGAAAGUGAGCUGAUGAAGAGGAACCACUCGAUAUGCAAAUCGAUUCAAGCGAAAAUCGAUGAGAAGCGGAAGCUUGUCUAUUUUGUCGCGAACGAAUCGCAUCCGAUUGAAUGGAACGUGUGCGUUUCGAGCUACGCGGCGAACCAUCUCGCCUAUCCGAUGACGAAGCGUCUCACCGAGGCUGACAUGUCGUUUAGAUUCGAGCGCGCCAAUUCGAAUUUGGCCGUCGAGUUUGACAUUGGAUUCGUUUGUUGGAUGACGUCGCAAAAAGUGCCGCCGGUGUGUCGAUUCUAUCGGUUUCGGCACACCGACGUGCUUCCCGACGCCGUGUUUGCCGCUCAAGUGACGGUGCCCGGUUUCGCGAUGGUGCCGGAAUUGAACGUCGACUUUCCGGAGAUUGUCGAAUACACGUCACCAAAAACCGGAUUCACUCACUUUGGGAUGAUAAUGAAGCCGAGCAAUUUUGAUGCGACGAAAAAAUAUCCCGUGCUUCAAUACGUUUAUGGUGGUCCCGGAAUUCAAGUGAUUCAUAAUGAUUUUUGCUCAUGGCUUCCUUUUAUAAAAUUCACCCGACUCGGAUAUAUAGUGGUGGUUUUGGAUAAUCGAGGUUCGGCGAAUCGCGGCAUCGAAUUUGAGGCCCAAAUAUCGCGGAAAUUGGGAUAUGCGGAAGUCGAUGAUCAAAUCGAGGGAUUGCACAUUCUUGCCGAGCACAGCGGCGGCAUAAUGGAUUUGUCGCGAGUGGUCGUUCAAGGUUGGUCGUACGGCGGAUUCAUGUCGUUGUUGCUGCUCGCUGGAAAUGGUCAUAUUUAUCGCGGCGCGAUCGCCGGUGGAGCAGUGACUGAUUGGAGAUUGUACGACACGGCGUAUACUGAAAGAUAUCUUGGAUAUCCGGUGUACAGCGAGAUUUAUUAUAAGAGCUCGGUAUUGCGAUUAGCUGAUAGUCUACCUGAUGAACCGAAUCGCCUUCUUUUGAUUCACGGACUAAUGGAUGAGAAUGUUCAUUUUUCGCAUUUGUGCGCGUUGGUCGACACGUGCAUCAGAAAAGGAAAACCCUACGAUCUACUGGUGUUCCCUAAUGAACGUCAUGGAAUUCGAAACGCCGAUGCGGCGGCGUACCUUGACGCGAAAAUGAUGUAUUUUAUGCAGAAAGCGCUGAAUGAGCCGAUUGAGCGUCCGAUCACCACCAACACCACCACCACUGCGACAAUUCCGAAUUGGUAA